CAGGCGGCGCAGCGCACCACCGACGAGCACCUGGGGCUGCCCCACGGCACCAAAAAGCUCGCCAACGUAGCUUACGCACCGAUUCCGGGACGACUGCGGGCCGUGCUGGGAGCAACCAGCAGCAGGGGCUGCCAUGCGAUGAUGCGACCCCUCGCCUGGCUGCUCCCAUGGGCAGCACAAGCCGUCGACUGGUGCCCCGACGCCCUCUUCACAAAACCGCCGCCGCCGCUGUCGCUGCCCGUGUUUUUGUCCGCGCCCGGCGACGCCACGCAGCGCGAAGUCGCGUUCCAAGUCUCAAUAGGCGGCUCGGUCGUCGACGCGGCCACGGCCUUCUCCGUGAAGCACGCUAUUGGUGAAGACGCGCGCGACGCCUUGGUCGAGGCCGCGCACGCGCGCGAAGCUAGAGGCGCGCCCGUGGCCCGAGCCGUUGUGAUUACGAGCGAGCACGCGGACUGGGCUUUACAAAGGCCGGGGACGCUGCUGGUGCUUGUCGGAAAGGAGAUGGACUGUGCACGGGCGGCUCACCAAAACGCGUCGGGCCUCGCGGUCGCUCGUACGGAAGACGAGGCGCUUCGAGAAGCCUCACUCAUCGAAGGGAGCGUGGUCGUCGUCGCUACUCAAUCUGCACCACAAUUGAGUUUGAAUGAGGUCCUCGCCGAGCACGAGCGCAUCCGGCACGCGCGGGGCGGCGACGGUUCGUUUGGUGUGGCCAUUCCCGACAUCUCUGGAGAUAGCGUCCUGGCCUUUCCAUCAAGCUUAUCGGGAGACGAGACCGCUAAGUUUUACCGCGCAUGGUGGGCCGUCGCGCACCUAUUCGACGACGUUCAGGAAGAGGACCCGCCGGAAACGCCGCUCAGCUGUGCUGAAACAUGUCCCGACAUAGCCGUCGUCGUCUACCACCAGGGCGAGGAUGAUACGUCUACAAGAGGCACGUUUUUUGAAAUCUCGCGAGCUGUGGUAAGGGGGUUAAGGGCGCUGGGCCUACGAGCACGUUUGACGCAUUGCGUCGACGCCUCGCAGGGCUGCGCCUUUCGUGACCACGAGAGGCGCAUCCACCUCGCGACGCACAACCUGCAGGUGUUCCUCGACCUGGCGACGAUGGCGCCACUGAUGCUGAAGAGGGGGGACUUCCUGCCCCGCUUUUCAAUGGACGUGGCCUUCAACUUCGAGUACGUGCCUAACGUAAUAAAUGCGACGGAAGUGGCGGAGGCUUCAUCCCAAAAAACGGACCACGUCCAGAACGCUCAUGGGUCCUUCGCCACGGCCGUUGCCCUAGCUACCCUAAAAAAGGCGGCGCGCGUCUGGGACUACUCGCUCGCGAACGUCGAACCCCUCUCGACGUUAACGCGUGUGGAACACGUGCCGCUGGGCUGGUCGACGGCCUGGCGGCCCCAUCGUGACCUAUCGAGGUUGAUCCAAGACAAGGACAUCCCUAUUUUAUUUUAUGGUACGUUGACAUCCAGAAGGAAGCGCACCCUCCAAAUGUUGCGGAGCAACGACCUGCCCAUCUUCCAUGCCAACGCCCAAACCGACGGCACUUUUGCGCCGGCCUUGGAUGCCUUGAUCCUGAGCGCCGCCAUCGUCUUGGACUUAAAGGCCUUCGACUCGACAAAAACGCGCGAGUGGAAGAUGCCUAGGUUGGCUAAAUUACUUGCGGCGGGCGCCUUCGUCGUGAGCGAGGGCGCGUGUGGUGUGGAGCACCAGUGUGCGGCGUAUGCGGAGGGCGUCGUCUUCACGGACGACCUGGUGGAGACGUUACAAUAUUAUAUGGAGCGGCCCGUGGAACGGGCGCGCGUCGCCGCGCGCGGGAAGGCGUUGUUCGAGGCGCGGACUUUUGGAAGGGUGCUCCGGGGGCCCGUGGAACGGUGGCUUAACAAUGUGACUCUGUAUUUAAGGUGCCCGGUAGGCGUAGGCCGACACCUCGACGCUGCCGAGGGCGGUCCGGUGUCUGUACAAAAAGUCCUCGGGCCCCGCCGCCCGCCGCUCGGGUUCUACGCUAAACCAGGACUUCUCGACGAGCGGCCGCGGCGCGCCGAGCGAGAACUCCGGGCGCGCGCCGAGGUCGACGACGCAGCCCCCGAGGAGCGAGUCGGCCAUGUACGUAUUGCGCGAGUAGAACAGCAAUUUGACCGUCGUCGCGCCGCGAGCCUCGAAGGUGAGCUCCUCGUUCCAGCAGGGCGACGUCGUCCGCCGCCGGCACGCCGUCUCGCGCGUCUGAUCUCCAUAAACCGCCCGCACGUAGGGGUGCGUCGCGCCGACGGCCUCAAACCCAUAGCCGCCCCCAAACAGCCGCCGCGCGCGGUGCACCUUGACCACGAGUUUGUUCUUGCUCUCGUCCGGCGCGCGCGAGACUUCGACGUCGACUUGUUCGGAAUCGAUGGUCUCCUCGAAGCAGCUCGGCAGGAGGCAGCCCGCGGGCUCGUCGUCGACGACGACCACUCUGACCGGAGUUUCGCGCUGCUUCUUCGCCGAGAGCCGCUGCCGUCGCGGCCUGUGUGGAAAUCAAAAUUUUACGGCACGUUCUGAAUCGUCGCGUCGUCCUUCACGCCAUCGACGCGACGCCUGAUCGAUGGCGUGGCGAUGUCGGUUCCUCACCGCUCGACGGAGCCAGCGCGGCCACGUCAUUGCCGAGAAUGACGUAGUG